AUGGCGUGGCCGUGCAUCACGCGGGCCUGCUGCAUCGCCCGCUUCUGGAACCAGCUGGACAAGGCGGACAUCGCCGUGCCGCUGGUUUUCACCAAGUACUCGGAGGCCACCGAGCACCCGGGCGCCCCGCCGCAGCCGCCGCCGCCACAACAGCAGCAGGCGCAGCCGGCGCUCGCGCCCCCCUCGGCGCGCGCGGUCGCCAUAGAGACGCAGCCGGCCCAGGGCGAGUUGGAUGCAGUUGCCCGGGCAACAGGGCCGGCGCCCGGGCCUAGCAGCGAACGCCAGGCGGCUGCGGCCCCCGGCCGGAGCGGGCCGGGCUCGGGCCCGGGCUCCGGCUCCACCUCCGGCGCGGGCCCCGCAGACUCGGUGAUGCGGCAGGACUACCGCGCCUGGAAGGUGCAGCGGCCAGAGCCCAGCUGCCGGCCGCGCAGCGAGUACCAGCCGUCCGACGCGCCCUUUGAGCGCGAGACCCAGUACCAGAAGGACUUCCGCGCCUGGCCGCUGCCUCGCCGCGGGGACCAUCCGUGGAUCCCCAAGCCGGUGCAGAUCCCCGCGUCCUCCCAGCCUUCCGCGCCUAUUCUCGGGGCGCCCAAGCGCCGGCCCCAGAGCCAGGAGCGUUGGCCGGUGCAGGUUCCCGCUGAAGUUCAGGAGCAAGAAGUGGCGCCUGGCGGAGCGGGUGGCCCCGCGGCCGGAAAGGCGUCCGGGGCGGACGAGCGAGACACACGCAGGAAGGCUGGGCCCGCCUGGAUGGUGCGUCGCGCGGAGGGGCUGGGGUACGAGCAGACGCCACUGCCCACCGCCCAAGCCCAGGCCGCUGGCCCGGAGGGUGGCAAGGGGCGUGCGGCGGCCGACGCCCUCAAUCGGCAAAUCCGCGAGGAGGUGGCGAGUGCGGUGAGCAGCUCCUACAGGAAUGAAUUCAGAGCAUGGACGGACAUCAAGCCUGUGAAACCAAUAAAAGCCAAGCCCCAGUACAAGCCCCCAGAUGAUAAGAUGGCUCAUGAGACCAGCUACAGUGCCCAGUUCAAAGGGGAGGCCAAUAAGCCAACAGCAGCUGACAAUAAGGUCAUUGAUCGCAGAAGAAUACGCAGCCUCUAUAGCGAACCAUUCAAGGAACCCCCAAAGGUGGAAAAACCUAGUGUUCAGAGUUCCAAACCAAAAAAGACCUCAGUGAGCCAUAAGGCCCCUAGGAAGGCCAAAGACAAGCAGGCAGCGUCAGGCCAGGCUGCCAAGAAAAAGAGUGCAGAGGGGCCCAGCACCGCCAAGCCCGACGACAAGGAGCAAAGUAAAGAGAUGAACAAUAAACUGGCUGAGGCUAAAGAGAGCCUGGUCCAACCUGCCCGUGAUUCACAUAAGAAUGGAGGUCCUGUAGCCACAGAGCUGGACAAGGAUCAAGGUCCUGUGGUCCCAGGGCUUCUGAAAGGUCAAGGUCUUGUGGUCCAAGAGCCUUCAAAGGAUCAAGGUCCUGUAGUCCCAGGGCCUCCGAAGGAUCAAGGUCCUGUGGUCCCAGGGCCUCCGAAGGAUCAAGAUCAUGUAGUACCAGAACCGCCAAAGGAUCAAGGUCCUGUGAUCCCAGGGCCUCCAAAGGAUCAAGGUCCUAUGGUCCCAGGGCCUCCAAAGGAUCAAGGUCCUGUGGUCCCAGGGCCUCUGAAGGAUCAAAGUCCUGUUGUCCCAUGGCCUCCAAAAGAUCAAGGCCCCAUGGUCUUGGGGCUUCCAAUGGAUCAAGGUUCUAUAGUCCCAGGGCCUCCGAAGGGUCAAAGUCCUGUGGUCCCAGGGCCUCCGAAGGAUCAAGGUCCCAUGGUCCCAGGGCCUCCGAAGGAUCAAGGUCCUUUGGUCCCAGGGCCUCCUAAGGAUCAUGGUCCUGUGGUCCUAGGGCCUCUUAAGGGUCAAAGUCCUGUGGUCCCAGCCCCUGUUAAGGAUCAAGGAUCCAUGGUCUCAGGAUCUGUUAAGGAUCAAGGUCCCAUGGUCCCAGAGCAUCUGAAGGAUCCAAGUGCUAUGGUCAUAGUACCUGAAAAGUACAAAGGUCCCGUGGUCUCUGAGCCUGUAAAGAAUCAAGGGUUAGUGGUCCCAGAGCAUCUGAAGGUUCAUGAUUCUGAGGUUGUAGCACCUGUGAAGAAUCAAGGUCCUGUGGUCCCUGAGUCUGUGAAAAAUCAAGGCUCUAUUGUCCCAGCACUAGUCAAGGAUCAAGGUUCCACGGUCCCAGAGUCUCCAAAGAAUCAAGGUCCUGUUGUCCCUGACCCUGUGAAGAAUCAAGUUCCUAUAAUCCCGGUGCCUCCAAAGGAUCAAGAUUCUCUGGUGCCAGUACCAGCAAAGGACCAAGGUCCUGUGGUCCCUGAACCUCUGAAAACUCAGUGUCCCAGAGCCCCUCAGCUGCUCACUGUCUCACCUCCAGUCAUGAUCCCAACUGUCCCCCAUGUGGAAUAUGUUGAAGGUUCCCCUUGA